AUGGCAGGCGCAAAUGAAGUCGAAGAUGGAAUCGAGGACAAUCACAUGGAUAACCACAUGGAGAACCACAUGGGAAACCACAUGGACAAUCAUGUGGAUGGUAAGAAACGUGAAUCAGGUUUUGAUUUUCAGCCCGACCAUCCGCACGACGUUGAGAUGACAGAUUCACCCAUGAUGUCGACGCCUGCACAUAGCAGUAUUCUCCCCUCGUCCCUAGUCGACUCGGGGCCUUAUACCCGUCCAGUGACACGAUCUAUGACCAAAUCCCACCUCGCCGAUUUAGUUGAUGCUAUCCCGUAUAUUACUACUUCACUCAGAGAGAGGCUUCAGAACUCGUCCAAGAAACACAUAUCCAAUCCGAAUGUGUCUAAACUUGAAGACUCGAGAGAUGUUAGCUCUAUUAUGGACGACCAGAUUGGAGACUCCGACGAAGUUAAUGAUGAUGUGGCUCGAGUGAUGAGAAAUCAGGAUCAACCUCUCGAAUCGUUCUCGCUAGAAAAAACAUCCCCAUCACACCCUUUAACUGGCCAGCUCCGAAUACUAACUCGUCGAUCUGCUCGCCUCAAUAAUGGAAGUAUUGUGAUGCCAGAGGCCGCAAAUUCAAUCGUCGAACCUCAGGGUAAAGAACGGAAGCCAAAGUCAGCCAAACGGCUUAAAACUAACCAUGCUACUGUCAACGGACGUGUUCGCCGCUCUCCGCGCUUUUUUAAGCCUCUCACCAAGUUUUCUAAGUAUUCUGACCUUCCGAACGAACUCAAAAUGAUGAUAUGGGAGGCUGCCAUAGAACCACGUCUGGUAUAUAUCAUGAACCGAUAUUCACUAUCACAUGCCGAGGCUCAAUUUGACGUUCAGAACGAGCAACCUACCUGGUUUAAUGCAUGCCGCCUGUCGCGAUGGGUCGCGCGGCUCCAUUACCUGAAGCUCUUUGCCAUGUAUAUUCCAGCCGCAGGUUCUUUCAACAGUAGAACAAUCCAGGCUGUUUCUGCUGGCGACAUUUUAAUAUUUGAACCCUGUCAUGGAGGUUGCCGUGGAUGCUAUUGUGCUCGACACCAGUACGAUCUACGUGACCGUUCUAUGGUACGAUGCUUAGCUAUACAAGCAGAAUCACCCAACUUACCCCCCACAACAGAGCCAUGCUGGCAAACCAUUACACGAUCGUGGCAUAAUGUCGAGACGCUUUAUCUAACGAGAACUGCUGUGAAGGGCGUGGACAAGAGAAAUAAGGCAAUGAUUCGGGUCAAGAAAAAUGACCACGAAACCGCUCUCCUAAAACGUUUCGAUGAGUGGAAGAAGGGUCCUGGUCUCGACACUAGAUUGACAAGUCUAGAGUUCGUCGUAAUAGUAGAGAAGGAGGUAGCAACCUCUAAUCUGCAGGAUCGUUACAGGGCCAUCGAAGACCGAUUGACCAGUCAAUCGGAAGACAUAAUCCUUGGUUAA